AUGUCUGCCACUUCAGAUGCAUGGGCCAAGAGGCUUCUCUCUUUGCCAUCAGAGCUUCUGCGCCACAUCGCCGAGUGGUGGUGCGAUUUACCUCCACAGCCGCAGCCUGCAUUGAGCCGAACGUUGCUGCUGCUUGCCUUCCUGGUUCAUGCCUAUCUGUGGCAAGGAGGCCUGAGCGCUUUCUGGCACGACCUGACCGGAAGCUCCGGGGAAGUGGCCUUGGAGGACAGAGAGGGUGGCCUGCACGAGUUUCCGGAGCACCUCGCAUCGAGAACGUCACGUGAGGCCAACGUGCAUCCAGCAGUCUUGAUGCCGUUCCUGCUCUCUUUUAACAUGUCGGGCGAGCCUAACAGCAUGCCUCAAGCCACUGCAUCGAUUCUGCACUGGCUGAGACGGAUGCAGACUUUCCUACUACUGUCCUGGCUGAUAGCCAUAAUACUUCUACUGUGUGUACAUGUUCGUGGAGAGCAAGCAAGCCGCCCGCUUCGAGUCAUGGCAUCUGUUUCUACCCUGAAGGCAGCAAUCCUCAACUUCUACUUCCAGGGCUACUCCGCCCGCUUGACAGAUCCGCUCGUGUCUGCUUGGGCACCUUCUCGUGCAGUGAGUCGUUCUUUUAGUUGUUCGCACGCCCCCGUGAGUUGA